AUGGAGCGCGGAAGUCGUACGAAGAAGAAAUCCUCGAGUGGGGAAAAGGUUAAAAAGCCGUCAGAAUCGAAGGAAUCGGAGCUCGGUAGUCGCGAAGUAACGGUGACGGAACCGAAGGAGCAAUAUCUAUUUCUCCUAGAAUUCUUGGUGAACCACGUGACCGGCGAUCGUCUGGCAAAACUAAAUCAAAUGUUCUUCGUUCCAACAUCGAUCUCCAUCAAUUUCCUCCACUUCGUCGAAGACGAAACCAUCGAGAUAACCCCCGUGGAUCCUCUAUUCCAACCUCAGGCAGGGAUCGCCGACGACGUGGAGUACUUUUAUUCAGGUUGUUCCGUGUUGUUCGCGAUCGAUCAACGCACGGUAUUAAACAGGAUCCUUGAUUUCAUCGUGACACUCGGGGUGGAGAAGAAAAUGCCAGAAGGGGUGAAACCGAAUGUUCUGAUAGGGACCGGCCAGUUGGAUAUGAGCAAGCACUUCGCCGCCCUUAGAAAAGAGAUGCUGCAAUGCUGGCACCGAUUGGCACCGCCGCCCAAAUGUUUCGAGGGUGAGGUGCCGUUGAUGUACGAGGACAUUGAAGUCGGCACAGUGUGCAUGUUCGUCAGGAUAUCCGCUUUUGGGGAGACCAUUGUAACAGAGUUCGAUGCUCCUCCUGAUAUGGACAUCGACACGUACGUCUUCAGAAGCAACGAGGUGGAUCAGAGAUCUUUGGGCUACAAGUGUCGGAUCGUUGACUCGAAGAACGCUGAUAUUGGGGCUGAUUCGGCGUUGGACUUGACCGGUGGUCCCCCUUGUCGAGUUUGCGUCAAAGAGCAGCAUCCUUGCACACCUUGCGCGAAUCCAUGCGGCGCCACCUUGAAACCGAACGUGAGCGAACGUCAGGUGGGCGGUUCGGACGGAUAUCCGACAACUGUGUCGAAGUCCCAAUCGAAACCAGAAACCUGCGACGACUUGUACAGGAACGGCGGACCGAUCCAAUCGAGCCGUGGUCAACCGUGCGGAAAGGCGGUGGUUCUGAAGGUUUCUGGUGUGUUGGACACAGGGGCGAACAAGAAACCGACGGUCACGGUCGCGUCCGAAUCCGAGGCGGCCGAUCAGGACUGCGGCGAUCCCAGUCACGAUGUUUUCGUGCUGAGGAUCGGGAAGAAGGGUAUAGUUGGUGCCGGCGAGAAGUCGGAUAUACAGUUGGAGAUGAGAACGCCGAAGGGCGUCGAAAAGGGGCCGCCGAUGCGAAUGGAGACCAGGGAGAUGCAAACGGAUGAGGGAAAGAAGAGGGGGAAAAAGAAGAAGAAGAAGAAGAAGAAGGAAUGA